AUGACUGUUGAGUUUGUAGCACUCUUUGCAACAUGUGCAGUGGCCAGGAUAUCAGAUCUAGUUGAGAUGAUUCUUGUUUUUGAUGAUGAUGAGGAUGAUCAUCUUGAGAGGCCAGGGAGACAGGGAGAGGUUGGUGAGGAGGCAGAUGAGGGAGGUGGUGAUUUAGGAGGAGGCGAUGGGGGAGAUGGUGGAGGAGGUGACCGAGACAAAAGGAAAAGUGAAACACCUAAAAACACCCCAAGGAAAUCUAAGAGGUCUGGUAGCGAUUUUUUUGAAAAGAGCUUGACCAUUGACCUAGAGAUUCAGAGCUCGGAAGAGGAAGAUGUGAAAGGAACAAAGCAAGAAAAAAUUGAGAGUAGCUCAGGGGAAAGAAGGUUGGCUAGGAUACGUGCAAAAGAGAGGAACCAGCCUACCAAGACUAAGACUAAUUUGUAUGAAAUUUAUAAUAUUGAAGACAAGGCUGACUCUCAGGAUGAUUCUGAGGAUGAGGAUGUUAAUGUGGAUGAGGAGAAACAAACUGAGAGCCCUGAUGAGAACAUAGAUGAAGAAGAGGAAAUUGAAGAAGAAAACAACAAAUCAGAAAGUGAACAAGAGUCUCCUUUCAAAGAACACAAUAGCCUUGUCACCUCUGAAGAUAUGGAAAUGGUGCCCUGUUCACCUUUGAGAUGGGAUAAUGAAAAAUAUGGUCUAGGGCACAGUUUCUGGUAA